UCGAAAUUCAAACAAAAUAUUUCCUUUAGAUGCAGCUGUUGAACUUUUUCGCAAAACUAUUGAGAAAAUGAUUUAGACAAAUAAUUUAAAUCAAAAAAAUUACACAAACAGUUAAAAAUGGCAACAUGGACCAAAAAUCAACCAAGUGGUGGUUCAUCAAGACGCAAAUGGAAUUUGGAUGAUCGCACUACUUUGAAUAAUUUAAAAUAUCAUAUAGCCGCGGAAGGCUGUUCUGAAGUACAAUAUGAUUUGGCCAAACAAUUAUUGGAUAAAAAUAUAGAGCACAAUGAAGAAAGUUCUGGAGAACAGGCGGUACAUUGGCUAUUGUGUGCUGCUCAACAGGGUCAUGAAGAGGCGGCCAAUUUAUUGCAAAAGUGCUAUGAAGAAGGUUGUGGCAUUAAUGCAGAAAAUGAGCACGAAGUGCGUUCUUGUUUAUCCAUGACACCAGGCGAAAGAGCUGCGCGAAAGGCUGCUCGUGAACUUUUUGCUUGUCUUUCGAAUGGCGGUAAACAUAUAUCACCGCGACAACUGGAACGUAAAAUGCGUGAAAUUUAUAAAAUGCAAAAGGCAAAAAGACAACCGGAUGACUCCACGUCUACAUCAGAAGAUGAUAUGGAUGAUGAAGACCUGGGCCAUCAACCUCUGGAAGAUGGUAGUGCAGCUGUACCUAAUGGUUCCAUAAAUUUACAUGCGCAUAGAACACAGGACAGACGCAAAAGACAGCGCAGGAGUCAUUUAAAUGUUCCCGAAAACUUUGCCGAUAAUGAUCCCAAUAUUACCGAGGAGAAUCUCGUUUCUGCUGCAGUAAAUUAUGCUGCGGGUCGCAUGCCAGCUGUUAAUGAUGCUCUCACACUUACUGUACCACAUCCUGCUUCUUUGGAUCAUGUUCCUUGUUUCCAUCGUUUGCUCUUUCAUCCUAUAUUGUUUUUCACCCUAAUGUACCAUCGACUGAUUAAUAUGGUCUCUGAUUUUCCUAAACGUGUACCACAAAGUGUACGUUUUGCGGUGUUGCUAACUCUCUACUGGCUGGUCUCCAGUGAUAAUCUAACCGUGCUACUGCCCAUUGGCUUUUAUUACCUGUGCUGGAGUGUGAUGAUUUGGUCCACCUGUAAAAUGUUAAAAACUAAACAUGAUUUCAUAGAUUUUCGCAUAUGGUCUGGAUUGUUUCUCAGAUAUGGGGACCACAAUAUAGAGGCUGAUAUAUCUGAGAAUCGUUUUUUGAAAAACAAUAUGCAGCCGUAUUUGUAUUUUUUCUGUGCUUUUAUUGGCAAUUUGUUGGUGUAUCCUUUAAUUUCCUCUGAAUGGCUACCGCAUUCAGAACUUACCACUGUGGCAGGCAUUUUUGUGUUUGUUUCAAUGCUAGCGUUUAUGUAUUCGUCCCAACGUUUUCCCGAUUGGAUUGUUUUAGUGUCGUUCGGUGUUAAUGUACUGGCAAAAUAUCCCUAUGAAAUGGAUGAAGUCGUCACCACGGGUUGGCGUUUUUUAGAUCUUAAAGUUCCCACUUUUUGUUCGUUUGUCAUUGGUAAUGGCAUAGAGUUUUGUUUGAAUUGUCGCACGGCUUUGUAUUUGUUAAUUCCCAUGUUUUUGGUGCAUCUGGCCAAGAGAUCUAAUUGGCAUGGCACUUACACUCAUCUAAUACCACAUUGUGUUACCCUUAGUUGGCUGCAGUUGUGCAUAACAAGUGCUCAAAGUGCCACUAUGUUUGGUGUGGUAAGAGCAACAUUGGGUCUAGCUGGAAUUUUACUAUUUUUACCAUUAUUUGGCUUAGUUUCGUUGUUAAUACCAGUCUUUGUUGUUAUUGAAUGGCUGGGAUUUACGGAUCCCAAUAUACGAUUGUUUAGCACUGUGGUAGCUUCGUUACUGGCUCUUUUGGGAUCCUGUUUUUUGGCUAUAAAUCGUACCACUCAGAAGUAUAUAACAGUGAUACAGCUCUUUAUCUGCGUCACCUUUGCCUGUGUCCUAACAUUCCCUUAUAUGACCUCCAACUUUAAAGAUACCACGCGCUUCAAUACAAUAAUACCUGAUCUUAAACAUCAACCCGUAAUCACUUCCCUGCCAGUGGAAGAAACCCAUAUGCCGCCACCACCCUCAGAGUAUUUGAGUUGGCAACGUUUCUAUUCACACUGUGGACCUCAGGCCUGGUGGAGGGAUAACAAUAAAAUUAAAACUCAACUUAAGUGUGCCCAUUUAGAAGGACAGGCUGUAGCCUGGGAAGGUGACGUCACCCAAGUACAAAUAACUAGUGUUCACAAUAAACCGGCCUGGUACAUUAAUAAAUAUCUACCCGCUUGGCUUAAUCGCAUGAUUUCAUGCCUGUACGGUGAACGUUUGGAAACUUUAUUCAAAUGCCAGAAACCGCAUGAUCAAUUGUGUCUUGAUUAUCAAAACAUUUUAAAAAGUUCCCACUUGGAUCAACGUUGCUCGUUACACAAAUGGAAUACCUAUGAAUAUGAGAUUCGUGUUAAAAUGUCUUCAGGUUUACUGGACAAACGUCAGGAGGUUAUCUUGCAGGCUCAACAUAAAUUCGGUAAUUUUACUCGUCGUUUGGUAGAGGGUGAUCGUGUACAUUUUUAUGGUACUCUCAGCAAUAGUCGCACGGUUUCUUGGCCUUCACCGGAGAGAUAUGAGGAAUAUAUAUUGGGUUCUUCUAUGGCACAUAUAAAACUGGCGGCUAUUGAGUGUUUACAAUGUCAAGAUCGUGACAAUAAUCCUGUUAUAUUGGAUUCUCUCCUAAAAUCACCUGUUGAUGCUCGUAUGCGUGAUUUGAUGCGCGGUAUUAAAUAUUUACUCAAUGUAUUUUUAAGUCCUUUAAUAACAUUUAAAUGAAAUGUUCUUUUUAGUUAUUAUUUGUUAAGGUUGUUUUUUUUUCUUUUUAUUAAUUUUUUUUACUUUAAUUUCUAAACUUAAAAUUUAAUUAAGUUUUUGUAGUUUAUACUUUGAGGUUAUUUUUUUUCUUUCAAAUAUGUAGUUAGUAAAAAAAAACUUUACUCAAAAAUAACCCAACCAACAUUAAUAUUGUAAUUUAUUAAUAAAUUAACAAAAAAAAAACUAAAAUGUAUACAUGUGUAUAAAUUGUAUGUGUAUGUAAAUGAAUAAUAAACGAACAAACGAAAAUGUUA